AGGCGUGGCAUGUAGGUGGGGCCAGGCAUGCGCAGUAGAAUUGCCCACGUGCUCACUUGAGGAAGAAAAAUGUUUUGGGGUCUCAAGUUAACGAGUGGCAAGAAAUACAAGAGUAUUGUGGAACAGUCCUUCCAUGUCUCUCAUGCCGUGCUACAACUCUCGAACGAUAUCCCUCCAGACUUUGGCCUCGAGGUUCAUGUCAUCCUACACAAUAUCGACUACAUUGUUUGCUUCCUUUCACGCUCCGCCCCUCAAACUCCGCUGAACUUAGAAAUAUCAGAGGGCGAGGAGAUGACCGUGUAUGCCUGCCCGAAUACGUCUACUCCUUACUCUGAGAGAGUCAGUGUUCAUUUAACUGGUUAUUACUGUCUGGAGCAGUCACAGGAUGAGGAGAGUUUCUGUGGAGAAGAAGAGGAUGAGCUCAUUUCGGAAGAGGAAUCUUCUGAAGAGGAGGGAGAGUUUUCAAAAGAGGAUUUUGGAGAAGUGAGUCUAACUAGAUUACACUUGUAAGCAACUCGAACAAGGCGUUUCUAUUUUUUUAUGUUUAUUUAUUCCAAAUGGGCAAAGCUAUUACUGAUAAUCUGUUUGCGCUCUGUACCUCUGUGUGUGGCAAGGGGGCGAGCCAUUAAUGUUUUACAUUCUUUAAAAUUUAA